ACAGCACAUAUCUUAUUUUGAAGUAAAAAAACAAAACGGAAACAAAUACAAUGUUUGUAUUUGCAUGUGGCCCGCAGGCUGUAGUUUGAGGACCCCUGGUCUAAAGCAUGUCACUCCUUUUGUAACAUUUACCACAACUUGAAAUUACUUCAUUUACACCUUUACUUAUAUUUUGCCUGUCUCCCCAUGAAGCAGGCCUCCAAGUGCAUGCAGGCAGAGACCUGCUGGUCUUGCUCUCUGCCGAGUCGCUGGCAUAUCACAGACAGCCUUGUAUAUGUAAGUGCUGAAUAAAUGCUUGUAGAUGAAGGAAAGUGUGCUCCCUGUGGGGCAUGUGAGGAGGAGUGAGGAACAGGCCCUGCCCUCAAGGGCAAUGAGUAGCCUGGGGGAUACAGACACCCACAGGCCAUGCCCCAGUGCAGGACCUGCAUGUUCUAAUAGGUGUACAGUAGGGGCUCAACACUGUCAGCUCUGGCCAUAAGUAACCACAGGGUGCUAUCAGCUCCCUAGACUUCACCCCAAUCUAGGCUGGACAGUUACAGAAGGCACCCGCCCAGGGCAGGCUUCAUGGGACCAGUGAAUCACAUGGGGUCCCACAUUCAGAAGGGCUCUGUGCUUGGGGUUUAAUGCUUUGCUAUAGUUGUCUUGAAAUUCUUAAUAGUUUUAUCUUUGAAUUUGCAUUUUGUAACCUGAUGCAACAAUGGAACAUAUCCUGGGUACCUGGAACCUGGCUUCUGUAGGAUCCCACCCCCCAUAGCCUUCCUGCUCUCCAAGGCCCACUCUUCCUCUCCCAUCCCAUGUAGCUUCCUUCCUGUUCCCACCCAGUCACUGCUGCCACCUUCUGGCCCACACAGGCCCUGGGCGUGGGCCUGGGCAAGAUCAGGUGUGGGCAUCCCACAGUGUCUCAUUGCAGGGCAUGAGGCAGCCGUCCCCACCCAGGGCUGACAGCAUCAUGGUGCAAUUUGGCAAGUGACUGGGGUGCCUUGAUAGGAGGAGUCUCUUGCCCACCUCCCCUGGCAUCAAGGUAUCUGGCAUGUCGAUGCACAGAGUUUGUAAUCUCCUGUGGGUUGGGUUGGGAAGGAGAAAUGUCUGGCUAAAUUUGUGUUCCUGGCUGGGAUGUGGUGCAUUGGUCUGGUGGCUGGAGGGAAAGGAAAGCCAAUAGCCAGUGGCCACAGACACACACAUUCUCAUGCACACUGAAUUUGGGGGCUCCUGGGUGACUGUGGGAGUCUGCAUCCACUCUGUGAAUAUCCCUGUGCCCAGGGGAGUGCAACAUUAAAUAGCAACAAAAAGUACCAGGCCAGGCAGGCGAGAGGGUCGGUGGGGAAGUUGGCGUCUCUCUCCCUCACGCCAGCUCCUGUACACAGAGCUGCAUUCCUUGGCCCUCCUACCCACUCCCUUGCCCGCCCCCGGCCCCCUCGGGGAAAAAAAUCCAUCCCAGAUCACUCGAACCCGAGGGAGGUUUCCUCGCACCCUCAGGGGGACGAGCUUUCAACGAUUCCCUCUUCUCCGUCUCCCCCAAACCCCCUCUCCCAACGCCUUCUCCCAACGCCUUCUCCCGGCACCGAGUGCAGGUCCCUUUAAGGAAACGGCGCCUGCUCUGGGUCAGACCACCUUCCUCUCCCCUGCUCCCACCCCCUCUCCCAGCGCGGAGUGCAGGUCCCUUUAAGGCUUCCAGCGGUUCUCAACCUGUGGGUCGCGAACAAUGAAAAUACAUCCUGCAUAUCAGAUAUUUACAUUACGAUUUAUAACAGUAGCAAAAUUACAGUUAUGAAGUAGCAACGAAAAUAAUUUUAUUGUUUGGGGGUCACCACAACAUGAAGAACUGUAUUAAAGGGUCGCGGCAUUAGGAAGGUUGAGAACCACUGCAAGUUAAGCCUUGGCAACAGCGCCUUCUCCGAGUGAGACCACCGUCACUUCCUCUGCUCCCACCCCCUUCUCCCGGCGCCGAGCGCAGGUCCCUUUAAGGCGACAGCGCCUUCUCGGGGGUCAGACCACCGCCCCGCCCCUGCUCCCACCCCCUUCUCCCGGCUCGGAGUGCAGGUCCCUUUAAGGCGACGGCGCCUUCCCCGAGUCAGACCACCUUCCUCUCCCCUGCUCCCACCCGCUUCUCCCGGCGCAGAGUGCAGGUCCCUUUAAGGCGAUGGCGCCUUCUCUGGGUCGGACUACCGGCGGCGGCGGGGACGGCGAAGACCGCGGGAGCAUGGCGGACAUCGACCUGUUUCUGGAAUGCGAGGAGGAGGAGCUGGAGCCAAUCGACCAGUUUCUGGAAUGUGAGGAGGAGGAGCUGGAGCCAUGGCAGAAAACCAGUGAUGUCACCGAGGAUUCUGUAGUCGAAGAUGGUAAUUCAGUGGAUACAACCACCACAGUUUCUGUGAGCCAGCAGCCAGUCUCAGCGCCAGUGCCCGUCGCUGCCCAUGCUGCUGUUGCUGGGCAGCUCUCUGCAUCCGCCGCGGCGAAUAGCAGCAGUGGGGCCCAGAACAGCGACGGUACAAAGAGGCCUCUUGUCAGGCUAAUUGCUGAUGACCAUGCGGAAAGAAGCCGGCGUCGGGGACAGACCCUGUCUGAAGAACAACGAUUGGCACAACGUAUCUCUGAAGCAGAAAGAAAGCAACGUCGUCGACAGAACAUGUCUGAGGAACAACUGUUGGCACUGCGCACCGCUGAAGCCGAGAGAAGCCGGCGGCGUCGACAGAACAUCUCCGAAGAGCAGCGACUGGCACAACGCAUCUCUGCAGCCGAAAGAAAACAACGUCGUCGACAGAACAUGUCUGAAGAACAGCGACUGGCAGAACGAAUCUCUGAAGCCGUAAGGAAGCAACGUCAGCGACAGAACAUGUCUGCAGAGCAGCUAUUGGCACUGCGCACCGCUGAAGCUGAGAGAAGCCGGCGGCGUCGACAGAACAUGUCUGAAGAACAGCGACUGGCACAGCGUAUCUCUGCAGCCCAAAGAAAGCAACGUCGUCGACAGAACAUGUCUGAGGAACAGCUAUUGGCAGAAAGAAUCUCUGAAGCCGAAAGAAAGCAACGUCGUCGACAGACUAUGUCUGCAGAACAGCUAUUGGCACAGCGUACCUGCGAAGCCGAAAGAAGCCGGCGGCGUCGACAGAACAUGUCUGAGGAACAACGAUUGGCAGAGCGUAUCUCUGCAGCCGAAAGAAAGCAACGCCGUCAACAGAACAUGUCUGAAGAACAACGACUGGCACUACGCACCGCUGAAGCCGAAAGAAGCCGGCGUCGCCGACAGAAUAUGUAUGAAGAACGACUGGCACAAUGUACUGAAAUGGGAAUUUCUAGGGGUGAAAAAGAGAGGUUUAAGGACAUUUUAGAAAUUUUAGCAAUUAAGGGGACCGUGGAAGAAGCACAGGGCUGGAAAGCUGCAACAGGUGCAUUUCCAUAGAAUGAGGGAGCUGGGAACAGCAGAAGGUCUAUAUUUACAAAAUAAAGCGACUGUGUAGGCCCACUCAGACUGCCUGAUAAAAACUUUCAUUUUAUAGAGGAGUAAACUGGCUCCAGAUUCUGCUUAGUCAUGCUCUCUAAGCUUCUGCUCCUCACUGUGCCCUUGCUCCAUCUGAGAGGGGGAAAUAAAGAUAACGGGACUGAAGCAGAAGCAAAGAUGGUGCUUGUAAAAUAAAUGCUGUGUGUAAAUGA